AUGGGUCUGUUUACGUCUUUACUCUGCUGUGGUGUAGACGCUAAGGACGACUCUGAAGAUAAGUAUCACAGACAACCAACGGCCCGUGUAAACUCCACGCACAGCCGUCAGCCCACGAAGAAUUCGCCUUCGUCCGCCAAGAAGUCCGUCCAAGACGACGACGCCGACAAGCAGAAGCCUGCUGUUACCAAAGACGUUGCUGCUCCCGCCAGUGUCAAGGCCAAGUCGAAGAAGGAUUUGUUAGACGACGAUAACUCCGUCAACGAGACAGAUACCAUCACCAAUACCAACGAGGAAUCUACUGCUCCUGUGCAAGCCAACGGCAACAACGGAACCGCUGCAACCACUGCCACCACCGCUACUUCAGCUAACGCUACCGGCAAGACCAACACUGCCGAAGAUCCAUUGGAAGAACAAGACGAACCUAGCUCGGAGAAAUUAGACGUCGACAAAAUGGAUGACGAACUGAGUCUGAUUUUCGACUUGACAAAAAUACAAGAUGGCCAAUCGUUUAACCCGCAAACUGGCAUGCUUUUGGGUCAUAAGGAUGCAAAGUAUGGCAGCAAGAAGUGUCUUAUUUUGGACUUGGACGAGACGCUUGUGCACUCAUCGUUCAAGUACUUGCGAACUGCGGACUUUGUCAUCCCCGUCGAAAUUGACAACCAGGUCCACCAUGUCUACGUGAUCAAAAGACCUGGCGUCGAUGAGUUUUUGAGGAAGGUUGGUAAAUGGUUCGAGGUUGUUGUCUUCACCGCCUCGGUGUCCAAGUACGGAGACCCUUUGUUAGACAAAUUGGACAUCUACAACCUGGUACAUCACCGUCUUUUCAGAGACUCAUGCUACAACUACCAAGGAAACUUCAUCAAGAAUUUAUCGCAGAUUGGCCGUCCGUUAGCAGACUCCAUCAUUAUCGACAACUCACCAGCAUCGUACAUCUUCCACCCACAGCAUUCGAUCCCUAUCUCCAGUUGGUUUAGUGACACUCACGACAACGAGUUGUUGGACUUGCUUCCGUUCUUAGAGGACAUAUCUAAGCCCAACGUGGACGAUGUCGGGUUGGUGCUCGAUAUGACCAUAUGA